ACGCCGCUCGGCUCAGUACGGUAGCGUAGCGACCACACUCCAAUAUCUGGUUGCUAUGGAAAACAUGGAGUUGGAUGCGAGUUGGAUCCUGAGGCCUGACAUCAUACGAUGAGCUCAUUUGAAAUGCAAGUGCAAGUGCAAGAGUUGUCAAAAUCGCGGGAUUCGUCAUUACAUCUUUCACACGUGAAACCAACGAAGCAGUGCAUGCAGAUCUUGCAGUGGAGUCACUUCUCAAGGAAACAUUAAUUUUUUUCUUCCAUAGCAAGGAGGUUCUUUCACCAGUUUCGAAGAACAUCAUUGCACGAUCCAGGCCCCCAGGAGCGUUCUGUUCCCUAUAAGCUGUUGUGUAACUGCUGUUUGUGUUAGGAUUUUCUGAGACCGAUCCCGUGCGUCGUGUAUUUCCAAAGAUGGAUUUAGUUUACGAGGCAACGCCUCGGCGUAUGGAGAUCUCCGACGACGACGACGAUGAUGACGAGCAUGUUCUGUAUUCGGCCAAGGGCCUGCAGGAGAUGGACAAGCAGGCGCUGAUACAGGGAGAUAGUAAUUCAGGGAGCAGGACCCAAGCUGUGUCCAAGCUCCGAGCGCCCAGCAAGCUGGACGUGACGCUGAAUUUGUUUUUGUCGUUCUUCGGACUGGGCGUUAUUCUUAGCAUGCUGGGCCCCACGCUGUUGGACUUGUCGCACAGCACUGGCGAGCCACUGGAUGUCGUAUCCUAUGUCUUCACCACGCGCAGUAUUGGCUAUCUGAUUGGCAGCAUCGUGGCGGGGCUGCUGUUUGACCGGUUCGAUGCAAAUUUCCUGCUUGCCGUGUCUCUGUGCCUGAGCGCAGUAGGCACGUUAAUAGCACCCAUGUGGAAGAAGGUCGUACUACUGGCGAUGAGCACUUUCGUCCAAGGAAUCUCAAUGGGGUUUCUCGACACAGGCGGCAAUGUGCUACUGCUGCAGAUCUGGGGCAAGGACAACGGGCCGUAUAUGCAGGCUCUGCACUUCUGCUUUGGCCUGGGCGCCAUGGUCUCACCACUGAUUGCCAAGCCGUUCAUAUCGCCUGCACGGACGCACAACUGCAGCUUGAUCACCGCAUCACCAGCGGUGUCCUCCGUUAGCACAGUGCCCAUCAGCAAUGCUCUAUUGACGACGGUCCUCGGCGGCUCCUCGCCCUCCACGGCUGGUCUUCCAGCGGCAGCGCUACCGUCACUCUCAACAUCAGCUGCGCACGUUUCGUCAACUGCCUCUACGGUCGUAACGCCUACGAACGCCAGUGAUGGACUCACGCCGUUGGUGAUUGCGCGUGCCCGACGCAGCGUUGUCGCCAACCUUGGUGCCGCUGCCGGGCCGACCGACUGUCCGCUGAACCCACUGCAGUUCACCGGCCGCUUCAAGUACGCCUUCUUCAUCUCCGCUGUGCCGCUGUUAAUCGCCGGCUUGCUGUUUGCCUUCUUUGCCUGUAGAAAGCGUGGCAUUCAUCACGCGAACGGCAGCAGCAAGUCAAGUCCAGGAGGCGACGACGCCAAAGGAAACACAACGAGCGGCAAAGACGACGAGGAGACCGGAACUGGUGGUCGGCAGGCGUCGGUAGCGGCCCGGCUCGUCGGCUGCGUGCGCUGGCGUUUCCUGCUGGUCUUGGCGCUCUUCUUCAUGCUGUACGUCGGCGAGGAGGUGGCGUUUGGCUCGUACGUGUUCACGUACGGCGUGCGCAGCCCGUACCUGAAGCUGUCCUCGGCCGACGCCGCACUGUUGACGUCCACGUUCUGGGGCCUGUUUGCCGUGGGCCGUUUCCUGGCCAUUCCGUUAGCGUACUGCAAGGUCCCCGCCGGCGCCAUGGUCGGUGCCGAUUUGACUAUCAGCUUUGUGGCCGCCGUAAUCCUGCUGGCAUUCGAACAGUCUCGUCACGCCAUCUUCUUCGGCUCUGCAAUGCUAGGUCUCGGUAUGUCGUCCGUCUUUCCGGCCGCCAUCUCCUGGGCAGAGCAGUACACGGAGAUCAACAGCAAGGCGGCAAUCUCGUUCGUCGUCGGCGCCGCGCUGGGCGAGAUGAUCGGCCCCAUCGUGCUCGGCCAUCUGUUCGAGUCGGAGUACGUCGGCCCGCGCUCGUUUCUCGUGUUCACCAUCUCCGCCGUCUGCGCGUCCAUCGGCGUCUUCCUUGUCCUGUUCGCGAUGGCCCGACGUCGCUCUCUCUGCUCUCCCUGCGGCGCUGCUGGUAGAGCAGCGGCCAUCGACGGGUCGAGUAAGCGCCGGCACCUGAAGACGCGGCGCGAGCGCAACGCCGGCAUCGAGAUGUCCAAGCAAGCACGCGCCAAUGGCGGCGGUGUAGGCGUUGGCGUGACGGCAGCCGCUCGCAGCGCUUGGCACUCGUCCGAUUCCUCCUCCGACGUACUGUGAACAGUUGAUGUGUCCGUCGCAUAGUCAUAAUAUUACUACUCGUCCGAUUCCUCCGACAUACUAUGAGUAUGAACAGUUGAUGUCUCCGGUGCGUUGUCAUAAUAUUACUACUCGUCCGAUUCCUUCUCCGACAGUUGAUGUCUCCGGCAAGCAGUCAUAAUAUCACUACUCCAAGCCAUCGCUUUCGCCACCAACACUGCGCGUGGGACGGCCGGUUGUUAUAAUAGUAGUACUGUUCGGCGUUGACGUGACAUUCCCAAACAAGCAGCUGAGCGUGUUUUCGUGUCACUAUUCAGCUCUCUGGUUCAAUGUCAUGGGAUCAACCAGGAGCAACCUGUUGUUGUGUACUUGUACUGCUUACCGUGGCAAUGCAUCGUGUCUUUGGAACAGCCCGUCGCAAUGCCCAUACUUGCCAGCCCAGCGCAGUGCUGCACCGGAGCAGUCUGUGUUCCCUGCCAGAAGCUAGCCAGGUGCGGCUCAGAUCUCUGGUGUGUGUGUGUGUAUUGUGUUUGUGCACGUGCACCAAACACCAGCCGUCGUUUGUUACUGGGGCGCGCUGUGCAUUCCCGUCGAGUCCGUACGGGUCACGACUUGUCUUUGCAGGGGCCAAAGUCCUGUCUGCCUGUGGCUUCGGUGGGGGCUUAGUGUCCACACGCCACGCCGGUUUGCAUCAGCGAUCAGAGACUGUGUCGGGUACACCAGCGCACACAGCUGCCUCCUUGUGAGACGACGUUGUGCAUUUUUCAUGUUUCUUUGCUCGUUGCCGAGCCAUAUAAAAUGCUUCCCGGAUAUCGUUGCACAUCUCUCUC